AUGUCAGGUCUCAUAUACAGGAAAAUCUCAAACUUAGCAGGAUUCUCAUUAUGUAAUAUUUUUGCAUAUGUUAUAUAUGUUUCAUCAAUUAAACAUAAGGGAAAUAAAAAUUUAGUUACAAUUAUAGGAUCAGAUAAUGAUAAAGAUAUAAUUAAAAUCAAUAUUUUUUUUAGUGAUAAAGAUAAAGAAUUUUUAGAGUCACUUACAUUUGGAGCAAUUGUAAAAGUUCAAAGAUUAAAGAUAACAAAAAUCGAAAAAGAAAAGAAUAGCAGUGUUGGUAAAGGUGAUUUAGACGAUCAUGAUAGAGGUUUUAAUAUAGUUUCAAUAGCAACCCAUUGUGAUAUAAAACGUGGAGAUCUACCAACUUCAACAAUCGAACAUUUCACUUGGGAUGAAGGAGAGAAGAAAAUCUGUUUGGAUAUGAGAGAGAAAUGGAAAAAUUAUAGUUCUGUUUGGGCUGAACAUUUAAAGAGUAGUUCUUAUGGUAUAAGAAAUCAUUCUGUUGUACAAUCACUACCACAACAACAAACAAACAAUACAUCUGGUGCAACAACAACAACAACAACAACAGGAAAAGUUAAAUUCACAUUUACAAGUAUUGAAAAUUUAAAACCAAAUACAUUUGUUAGUUUAGUAGCAAAGGUUUUAGAGAAAACAUUUACAGUUGGUAAUGGGGGUAAACGAGCAACAAUAAAAUUAUGGGAUGGUACAGGUCAAGAUGUAAUUUGGGUUAAUGAUCAACCUACUUUGGGUAAUACUAUCUUUGUAAAUACAUGGGAACAAAAUUUAAUCAAUGAUAUCGAUGGUUUAGAACAAGAUUCAUGGGUUUCAAUAACUGGUGCAAAAGUAUCAAUAUACAAAGAUAUCUUAGAGAUUAAAUUAUAUAAAAAUUCAAAGAUCUUUCGUUUGGAUGAUAAUAGUCAAUUGGUUCAAACAAUUUUAAAAAAUUAUAGAAUAAAAUGUGAUAUUGAUACAAAUGAUAAUGAUAAAGUUAAUAAUGAAGAUGCUGAUGCUGAUGCUGAUGGUAGUGAUGAAAAAAAUAGAAAAAGAAUGAAAACUGAUGGUAGUGGUGGAAAUGAAGGGGAGGAAGAAGAAGAAGAAGAAUAUGAUCCAAUUUAUCGUGAUAUUAAAGUAACUGAAACUCAUUAUCCUCAUAUAACAACCACCACAAUUGCAGAUGUUUUAUCAAAAAAUCAAAAAGUACCAAAUAAAUUUAAAUUAAAUGUAUCAUUUUCUCAACAUAUUCCAUUGAAUGUUCAAGAUUUCUCAAGAAUUCAUUGUAGAGUUUGUCAACAUGCAGCAGAUUACUAUGAUAGUUCAAAUACAAAUAGAGAUCAAGAGUUAAUUUCAUGUUCUGCAUGUGGUUCAAGCCAAACUGAUUAUAUCUUUUUAUUUAAAUUUAUUUUAAAAGAUUCAACUGGUGAAAUUCCAAUAAUAUUUGCAAAUCAUGCAAAUUACUUUUUAAAUAUGAUACCAUGUAGUUUAUAUAAUAAUACAGAUGCGUUAUCUUCAAUUGAAUCAAAGUUAAAAAUAUUAAAGAAGCCAAAUCUUACAUUUGAUAUUUGUAUAAUGUCAUAUUAUGAAUCUGGAAAAGAAAGAUUACCAGAAAACGUCAAAUAUCAAGCAUUCGAUACAAAAUUAACAAUUUAA